CUUAAUAAACAGUAACAUGAGCGAUGAGCAAGAGCACUACAUAGCGUUAGAGAAUUUGGAAUAUUAAAUAAUUGCAACUAUUUACUUGUGGACAAAAUGUAUUUACUCAGAGCUUUUAGCAGUGUGUUACAUACAAACAAAGAUUUAUGUAAUAAGUUUUUUGUUCGUUUUUAUGCCAAAAAUAAGAAUCCUUAUGUUAAAACGUGGGAAUUAUUCUCAAAAGAAAUUCCGGCAUUAUUUAAUGCAAGCAAACAACCAAUUACGUAUCCAGAACAUGUUGAUGUUGUUGUAAUUGGUGGUGGUUUUAUAGGUUCAUCUGUUGCCUAUUGGUUGAAUUGCAGAACUGGCAAAGGCCUUUCUGUAGUAGUUCUGGAGAAGGAUCUAACGUACAAGGACCUUCAAAUUAGUUCUUCGCUGGGUACCUUAACACAACACUUUUCAUUGCCUGAAAAUAUAUAUCUUUCACAAUAUAGUGCCGAAUUUUUUAGAAAUAUAAAAGAACAUCUAGGCAAUGAUGUAGAUUUACAGUAUCAACCACACAAUAAUUUAGUAUUAGCAUGUGAAAAAUAUGCUGAAAAAUUGGAAAAGAAUGUUGCAUUACAAGCAGAGUAUGGUUUACAUAAUAAACUUAUUUCUUCAGAAGAUUUAAAACAUAGAUAUCCUUGGCUUAACACACAUGACAUAAAAUUGGGUUGUACUGGAAUUGAAUCUGAAGGAACAUUCAAUUCUCUGGAACUUUUAAAAGGACUCGUAAAUAAGGCACAAGCACUUGGUUCUGUUUAUAUUAAUGCAGAAGUAGUUGGUUUUGAAUUAGAAAAACAACGAGAUGUGUUAAUGGAAGGUGUUUUGCCUGGUUCAUUUGAGAGAAUUAAUAAAGUAAUAUAUAAGACACCAGAUAAUGAAGAACACUCUAUUAAGUUUGCAGCAUGUGUCUUAGCUGCAGGUGAUAACUCGGGAAAUAUAGCACAGCUUGCCAAAAUUGGAACAUGUGAAGGGUUACUAAGUAUACCAUUACCAAUAGAAAAAAGAGAAUAUAACGUAUAUUCCAUAAAAGAUAAAGCUAAAGAUAUGGGUUUAAAAGUGCCUAUAGUAACAGACACAAGUGGACUAUGGCUACAAAGAAAUGGUCUUGAUAGUAAUUUAUUGUGUGGUCAUGUCCCCUUAGUAACAGAAGAAACAAAGGACCUUUCAGGUGAAGAAUAUUAUGCAAAUGUAAUUAAGCCACCUUUGAUAAACAGGAUACAAAAUUGUGAAAAUGCUGAGGUUACUCUUCUUACUAUGGAAAAGCAAGAUAUCAAUACCUUUGAUUACAGCGGUAUAAUUGGACCUCAUCCAUAUCAUAAUAACUUGUAUAUUGCAACAGGUUUCGGAAAACAAGGUUGUCUACAUGCGCCAGGCAUAGGAAGAGCUAUUGCAGAACUGAUUGUCGACAGCCAAUAUUCAAAAAUUGAUUUAAGUAGACUUUGUUUUGAUAGAAUACUUAUGAAUGAACCAUUAGUAGAAUUCAAUAUUUAUUAGGCACCUAAUUGAUAUUGGAAAUGUGCAAUAAAACGAGUCACCAAGUGAUUUCAUAAUUCUCAUUUAAUUUACUAAUUUGUA